AUGCUCCUCACCAACGCCAUUCUCGUCCUGGCCGCCCUCAGUGCUCCUCUCUCCGCCGCCGCGCCGGUGCCCGACCCCGACCCCGACUCGUACAAGAUGGACUUCAAGGCAACACUCACGGGCAACAUGGUCGCCUGUCGUGCGGGUCCGUGGAAGUCGAGCACCGCCUACCGCCGCUUCGCGCAGGGCGAUGUGGUCAACGUUGCGUAUCGCUGCGUGGGCGACAAGGUCGAGGGCACCGUCAUGUGGCUCUACUCGUCCAAGUAUAAGUGCUGGUUCACGGGCGCGUAUGCCGACUGCAGCAACUACCUGCCGAUUGUCUAUCCACCUCCUCACUGA